GCACGCGCAGUUGGUCCAUAACGACACGACGAGCGGUUGUUUUCAAUAGCAACCGUGACUCAGGGCUGAAUAAAGUCGUCGUAAAUGAUUGAGACAUGUCCACUCUGCUGGAUGAGACAGCGGCCGAUGUCCCGGUCAGAGACGUCACAGUCAACCUGUCCAGACUCAGCGCUUUUCCACAAGAUAUGAACCAGAACGCCAGGACGCGACAGGACAUCGGCCGGGUGUCCAGGGAGGAGCUGGAGGACCGGUUCCUCCGUCUCUACGAGGAGACGCUGCUCCUCAAACAACACAUCCACAACCAGGACGACAAGAUCAAGAAACUGGGUACGAAGCUGAUGAGGCUGGUGAAGGACCGGGGCCGCAUGGAGCAGCUGGCCGCGGGGGGGCCCCAGCCUCUCUCCAAGCUCCGGGACGUGGAGAUGGAGGAAAUGAUGGAGGAGCUCCAGGACAAAGUGCGGGGGCUGCAGGCGGAGAACGAGAGGCUGAAACAGCGCCUCCUCGUGGCCAAGCAGCAGCUGGUCACCUCCCAGAGCCAGAGGCCGGUGGCGUACGGCCACGUCCAGCCACGGGUCAACUCUGGGAUGAAGAGGCUCAGAGAAGACACCUCAUCACCUUCUCAGAUACGACCCAAGAGUACGAGGAGUUUGGAGGGAGGUGGGCGACCUCCGUCUGGUCACCUGCCUCGAUAUGGACACAGUCUGCUGGAGGAGGCGAGGGCCGAGAUCCGUAACCUAGAGAACGUGAUCGAGUCCCAGCGGAGCCACAUGGAGGAGCUGGAAGGAGCCUCGGAGCAGCUGAGGGAGGAGAUGAGGAGGAAGGAGGUCGACUAUGAAGAAAGACUGGUCCAGGCGAGACAGCAGCAGACGUCCAACCUCAGGUCACAUGUCAACAGCAACGUGGUGAUGAUCAAACUGCAGAAGCAGCUGGUGGACAGAUCCAACGCCGUGGCCGAGCUGGAGGGUCGAUUCCUGCAACUACAGGAGACUCAGCUGACCCUGAGGACCAGCCACGAGGCGGCCAUGGCGAAGGUGGACGAGCUGUCGGCUCAGCUGAAGGACGAGAGGCUGAAGAGUCUGGACCUGGAGCGGCAGCUGCAGACCUCCAACAUUUCUAAGAGGAGGAUGGAGCAGCUGGACGAGAGGAUCCGAGAACUGGAGCAAGAGAGGGACCAGCUGAAGGACGCCAACGAGAGACUGGUGAACAGAGCCCUGGAUGUGUCCCAGCAGCAGAAGCAUCAGAUCCUGGAGCACCAGCUCCGGGUCCAGAUCUCUCAGCUGGAGGCGGCUCUGAAGGCCGACCUCGUGGACAAAAACGAGAUCCUGGACAAGAUCCAGGCAGAGAGAGAUACCAAUGACAAGCUGUCAGAAGAAAACAAGAAACUUCACGUUCAGUUCCUGGAGCAGAAGCAACAACUGGAGGAGACCAGAGAGCGUCUGAAGUUCUACAGCAGAGAAGGAGACUACGAUGUGUCAGAACUCACUGAGGCUCUGCUGCUGAUUAAAACACGUAGAUCCCAGCAGAGAGGAGACCUGGGCUUCCUGAAGGAGGUGGAGGAGGAGGUGAAGGAGGAGGCGAGCAGCCGGCAGACCUCCAUCACAGACCUGAGAGCUGCUCACGCUGAAACCAUCCAGGAGCUGGAGAAGACCAGAAACCUCCUGAACAUGGAGAGCAGGAUCAGCAAAGACUACAAGGUGGAGCUGGAAGCAGCGUUAAGGAAGAUGGAGGCUGAUAAAGUGGAGUACGAGCAGAAGCUGCAGCGUCAGACGGAGCUGAUGGAGACCAGGGCAGCAAAGAUCAGGAAACUGGAAGCUCAGCUCAGAGACAUCGCCUACGGCACCAAGACCUAUGCUUUUAAAGCGGACGUCCCAGCAGGAGAUGAAUCAGAGGAUGAGCCCGUUCACCUGGAGCGUGGAGAGAAUCUCGUAGAGUUUCAGAUCGUGGGUGUGACUCUGUCUCCGGACGCUCUGCAGGCGCUGGGAGACACCGAACCCUCCACCUUCUGCACAUACUCCUUCUAUCUGUUUGAGCCACACUCCACUCCGGUGGUGACGGGCCGCGAACCCAAGUACGGCUUCACUUCCAGGUAUGUGGUGAGCAUGGACGACGGCUUCCUCCGCUACCUGCACGGCGGCUCGGUGGCCGUGGAGCUGCACCAGGCUCUGGGUCUGGACUGGAGGACGCUGGCCCGGGGACACGUCCGUCUGCAGCAGCUUCUGGAGCAGGACGGGAAGCUUCGUGGUAGCAUACCGCUGGUCGGAGCUGGUGAGGAGGCGUGGUCCUUUGGAUCUCUGGAGUUCUGGCUGAGGCUGAAGCUACCGAAGGCACAGACCGCCCUGCUGUUUAAAGAGAAGCUGAAGGCCCUGGACUACCUCCACACAGCAGCACAAACACAGCCGUCGUCGUCGAGGAGCUGGAACGAACUCUCGGUGUCGGUUCUUCGCUGCUCAGGUCUUCGGUCCAGAUGUUCCCAGAGGCCGAGCUCCUACGUCGUCUACAAGUUCUUUAACUUCCCCGACUACCCCACGGCUACAGCUGACGACCGCACGGAUCCCGACUUCCACGACGUCAAGUCCUACUCGGUCCUGAUGGACCAGGACCUGGACCGGUACCUGAAGUCUGAGGAGCUCUGGUUCUAUGUGUUCGACUACAAAGAGGAGCAGUUGGACUGGUUCCUGGGGAAGGCCGGGGUUCCUCUGAGGGACCUGGUCAGUGAACACAGCAUCUCAGGAGAGUUUGAGCUGGUUGAUCCCUGUGGACGUCCCUCUGGACACAUAGACGUUACUUUGAAGUGGACGUUCAGCUACGUCCCCCCAUCGGACUCUGAAGAGUUCAGACUGAUCCCAGAGGAAACGGCCAAACAGAAACCUGAACAGCUCCGAGUGGAUCUGGAGGAGGAGAGGAAACAUGUGGAGGAGGAGCAGGAGGAGGAGGAGGAGCAGGCUAAAGACCUCCAACGCUCCUCCCGUCAUCCUGAAGAUGCUCAGGCUCCGCCCCCCAAACCCGCACAGAGGAAGCCAGUGAAGGACGGAGCUUCUGCUAAAAAAGUCACGUUUGUAGAUUCAGCUGCAGACGAGCAGCCUGAAGACGAGAGUCCAGUAAAGAGGAAGGACAGAUCAGCUGUAAAGGUCGUGUCUAAAGCUCCUCGCAGCGCCACCGAGGAAGGGGAGGACGAUGAAGAGUCUCAUGUCUCUGAUGGACAGCUGGUCUCUGCCAGCGCUCAGUCCUCAGACGGCUCUGAAGUCUCGGAGGAAAUCCCUGAAGACGUUGUGGAGGCUCCAGACUGCCGACCAGAUGGGAGAGAGUCCAGUCAGUCUGAUAGUGAUGACUGCAUCAUUCAUGGACUCACCACAGGGAGGAAGCCCACAGAGAGGGUUCGGGUGGAGAUCGUGUCCCUGAGUCUGAGGCCAGGGUCUCGUGUGACCCGGGACGACAGUGUGGUCCGGCUGUUCGUGGAGUACUCCUUCCUGGAUCUGCCCACUGAGGAAACCCCCCUGUCUCUGCCCAAACCCCCCCAGGGCAAGAGCCUCAACUACAACUACAGCAAAGUCGUUCCUGUGGACGCUGAGAACAACGAACCCAGACGACGUCUUCUGAGACGAGUCCUGCAGGGACGAAACCCUCAGAUGGAACGGAUCCGGUUCACAGUGGUGAGCGAGCCUCCGGAGGAAGAGGAGCAGGACAGGGAGUGUGAGGACGUGGGUGUGGCCUUCCUGAGGAUCCCUGAGAUCCUGGAGACGGGUCGAGACCUGAUGGAGUCCAGUCUGACUGUGGUGGACGUGGAGGACAGCAGCGAGGUGGUUGGCAGCCUGGUGGUCUCUGUGGAGGGACUGGAGGCUCUGCAGUCCAUCAUGGAGGACCAGGACCAGGACCAGGAGACCACUGCUGUUGCCCCCCUGCUGACAUCAAGGGGACUCAACUGAUUCAUGAAAUAAAUGGAGGUGAAACGGGAUGUUCACGGGUCGGUGGUGGAGCCACACGUCGGUCUGGGUCUGGGUCUGGGUCCGGGUAACUAUGGAACCAGAUCUGAGGAGUAAAAUCAGUCCAGGUGUUUGUUGCCAUGGUAACCAGGGGUCUUCUUCAGGUUUGAAGAUUUCAGCAGGUUCAGAUCUAGACCCUCGGGUGGACUGGUCCAGAGUUUAGGGCCACGCCUCCUCAGAGACUUCAGGUCCAUCAUCUGAACCAGUCUCAGGAUUUUCUGUCCCCAGUUUCACUGCAGGUCCAAGGGGGUCCAAGGGGAUCCAAGGGGGUCCAAGGGGGUCCAAGGGGG